UUCUAGCACGCUGCAAUGGCCGAUUGGGAUGAAAUCAAGCGUUUGGCAGCCGACUUCCAAAAGGCACAACUUUCCACCAGCCUACAAAGAUUAUCGGAAAGGAAUUGUAUCGAGAUUGUAAGACUGCUCAUCGACAAAGGGCUUAUCGAUGUGAUCUACACCAACGACGGUAAAGAGUACCUCACGCAAGAUCAUCUCCAGAGGGAAGUGAAAGACGAACUGUACGUUCGUGGCGGUCGGGCAAAUUUGAUCGAGCUGGCCAAGGUCCUAAAUGUAGAUUUCGGAAAGAUCGAAUACAUUGCGAAGCGACUUAUCGAUCGUGACCCGGAGCUACACUUUUUGCUUGGUCAACUGAUCGAGAAGUCGUACAUCGACCGUGUGGCUUCGGAAAUCAACCAAAAGUUGGUCCAGUACGGUGAAAUCAACAUAGGACAGUUGACCGUCACGUACGACUUGCCCACCGAUUUCAUCCUGGAGAAAAUAGUGUUGGCCAAUUUGAACAAAAUUAUUUUCGCCAAACAGGACCCAACAAAUGGGCACAUCUUCUUCACGCAAUCGUACAUUAUGCGGAAUAAGGCCAAGAUCCGAGGGGCACUUGCUGCCAUUACGAAGCCAACGCCGAUUUCUGUUAUUCUGAACCUUACCGAUGUGCCGGCCCGCAUACUGUACAUGUCGCUGAAUGAAAUGUCGUCGCUCGGUUCGGUCACGGUUCAGUCACCGGCCGGCCAAUACAUACCGCACGUGUACGAACGUAUGCAGGCCGAUUACGUGAAGGAUUACUUCCACCAAAACGGUUACAUCACGCACGAAACCGUUACCAAGUUGGGAGUAUCGGAUGUGCGAUCGUUUGUACGAACACGGUUGCCGGAUGAGAAGCUGACCAAUAUGAAGAAUUGCAUCGUCAGCAAUCGGCUUAUCGAGCGCGUGAAGGAUGCAAUGGAAGUUUGCAUUAGCAGCAAUUCGUAUCUCGAUUUAUCCACCCUACUACCGUCGGGAUUAAGCAAUGAGAAUAUUGAAGAAAUUUUAACUCACAUCCUAACGCCAACCAUACGCAAACAGACGUACGUAUUUGGAACGGUUGUACUGACGAUUAACUUUAUGGAUGAGUGCGUGAAAGGUUGCCAGGAGCUGGUAAACGAACACGCGAAACGUGCCGUGGAAAGUGGCAACUAUCAGAAGUAUAUGGCGGAGAAAAUGAUGCAGCACCAGGAUGCGAACAGUUUCGCGCUGGAGGAAGAAAAGGUGGAUAAGCGUGAAGAACGCCGCAAAAAGGCAGCGAGUGGUAAGGUGGGGGGUGGAGCGCAGGGGCGUGAGACCAAGACGAAAUCCACCAAGAAACAUGCCCGCGGGAAUCGGGGUAAUGCAAUGGAUUCGGAUGACGAAGGAGCAGAGAUGGCAUCGAGCGCAGGAGGAAAGAAGGGUGGCAAGGAACCGCAUCUGGAACUGAUUACUGUGAAGGAAAUUGCGAAGGUGGUGGAAAAGAUCCUCGAACCGGAAGGGUUGGAAAUGUUGGAUAAGGACCUGGCAAACCAUUAUUAUCCCAUCCUCAGCAAACAGGCACUGGCUAAGGCACACGAAUUGUACGAACUAACACUCCAGAAAAGCAAUCAAAACCGACGACAGACGCACGCCAGCAUCCAAGAGAAGCUGAACACGCUCUACAACGAUAUCCGCCUGUACGAGAAGGGGUUAAAACUGUUCCCAACCGAUGUACAGGGCCAACUAUUAAAGUAUCUUCUUAAAACGUUCGGUACAGACAUCUGUAACGAAAUAUGCCUUUACGUAGCGGCCGAAUGUAACCUUAACACAAACUUUACCGGAGCACUAACGGCCGAACAGCGCACAAAGAUCGCAAACGACAGUGGUGCGGAGUAUCGGGCCCCGCUUCAGACGCUCUGCAAAUCAGUAACAACAAGCGAAUCGGUGGAAGAUUUUCUUGAGAAAACGGAAAAGACGAUGCAGGCGUGCAGCAUGAUGCUGAAGAAGAUUGACAAGAAAAAAGAUAGAAACCUCAUUCUCUGCCACAAACAUGGGCUACUGGAGCAGCUUACCAAUUGUACCGAUCCGGCAUUGGUACUUCAUCUUGCCGUACUGAUUAUCUUCACCAUCUCGACACAAACCAUGCUUCAUGCAUCCGGGCGUCAUGUAUCCGCCAUUCUAAGCUUCCUACAGACAGUUCUGACCGCAGAAGAUUCGAAAACCUUCAAUAAUUACCAUGAUCUUGUACUGAAGCUGCUAAGCACGGAGAACGUCAACUCGGAAGAAGGCAAGGCAAAUGCGGAAGAAAUUACCAAGCAGCUGGGUGAGCUGACGCCGGUGGUGAAGAGCAUUGCGACCAACUUCAAGAAAGCCGGUGUAACUGCUGUAGAAUAGAUGACGGGUAUAUGACUUAAUGGUGAGCCUAUUUAAUUAAUCCGAUUUCCGCAUCUAAUAAA